UCCGUUGGACGGAGAACUCCGGUCCGGGAAAUGAGCGCUACCGCUGCCGCGGAGGGUUAAGCUAGGCUAGUUCAAAACUCCUCCCGCUAACUCCUACCUUGCAGCGAUUUCACCGGUUCCCUCAAUGCUGCCAUUCAUUUCCACCGAGAGCUUUAGCUGCCAGCACAUGCUGGUUCUAUAAAGAACUUUUUAUUCAGGCACAUCUCCUGGAGCUACGGGGAACAGCAUCAAGGCCCCUAGUCAGAGCUAACCGUUAACCCCAAAGCUAAAAUGGCGGACAACGAGGGUGACAGCGGAGCUGUCGGAACAAUAACAGUGGCGGAGCCGCCGGGAACAGAGGCUCAGCCCGCGGUUCCUCAGAGCUCCCAGCACGGGGAGCCUUCACCAGUCCAGCCUGCCGUCCAGGUCUUACAGACCGAGGAGAAGCUAUCCACUUUUCUCGUCGCCCAGUGCGAUCAGCCUGCAGAGACUUCGGAGCCCGGCUCCUGCGCGGACGGCGGUCAGCCUGCGAGUAGAGCAGAAAGCGGGCAGGUGGAGCAGAGCGUGGUGCUGGGCUCCGAGUUCACCGACCUGGCGAACACCACCAUCAUCUACGUGCAGCCAGACGGCAGCCUGGUGGAGGGCACGGCGCUGACGGCCGAGGAGCAGCAGGCGGUGCUGCAGCAGCUCACCAAGCAGCAGAUCGUGCAGGUCUCCGAGACCGAGGCCGUUCAGCUGCUCCAGCAGAGCCAGGUGGUCAAACCCAGCCCGCUGCAGAAGACGUCCCUGGGUCCGAGUCAGCUGCAGCAGGUCAUUAACCAGGUCACCAGGUCCCAGAGUCAGGUCCAGGUGCCCCAGGAGAACCUGCAGCACGCCAAGGCUCAGCAGAAGCAGGUCCGUGCUCCUCCACAGAACCUGAAGAUCACCAUCCAGAACAGUGCGUCCACACAGCUGACCGCUGCGUCUCCACAAGUGGCUCUGCAGCCUACCGCUUUGGUCCAGUCAGAACCAACAAGAAUCCAGAUCCAAGUUCCCCCAAAGCAGGAAGGGAAGCCUGGUGUCCCUCUCCAGCAGAAGACUGUACCCAUCAGCCAGCCACAGCUGAAGCUGGCUGCCAGUGGUGGUUUGAGCAACGCCCAGAUCAUCCACAUUCAGCCUGUGGUUGGUCAGCAGGGUCAGCAGAUUCUCCUGCAGCAGAAUCCAGGGGAACCGCCGAUCCAGUUGGUGCUGCAGAAUGCUACUCCUGUGGUAGGCUCUCUGCUCCCCUUGGUCCACAAGGUGACGGGGCCGGCAACCAUAGCAACCGCUUCCUCCAGUGUUGUUCAGAAACCCGCCACAUCCACGAUCAGGGUGGCAACAACGUCCACAGUCAAAGAUCCCCUAAGUUCCAGUAGUACGGCCCGUCCAGUUCCUGCCACUAAAACUAUCAGCCUUCCUCUGAAUAAAGCGCCACACAACGGCACAGAAACGGCUGCGGGGAAAGCUCCUGUCAAAACAACUCCGGUCGUCCCUGCAGCUCCACUCCAGCCCACUGCCCAUGCUGUAGCCCCCAAACUUGCCACAGCGACCCGACCCUCUGGAGUCAAGGAAAGAGACAGAGAAAAAGAGGAGAAGAAGAAGGCGAAGAAAAGAGAGAAGAAAGCGCUGAAAGUGCAAACUAGAUCUGGUCGGGUAUCCAGACCACCUAAGUACAAAGCCAAAGACUACAAGUUCAUAAAGACUGAGGACCUGGCUGAGAGCCACCAGUCCGACUCUGAUGAUUACUCUGACAUGAGCGUGGAGGAGGAGGAAAACGCCAAGAGGGACAAGCCCGGCUCCAGCAGUCCCUCGUCUCUCAGCUACAGCUUGAAGUCCCGUUGUCAUCGGUGUCAGACCUGCGACAAAGCUUACAUCGGCACGGGUGGCCUCAACCGACACUACAAGCUCAACCCAACCCACGGAGAGCCGGAUCUGUCCAGUGUCACGCCCAGCAGCGCACCAGAACCGGACCGCAGCACAGAUGACCUGAAAGCAGACAAGGCUGUCACUAAAGAGGAGGAGGAGGAAGAGGAGGAGGAAGAAGAGGAGGAGGAGCAAGAGGAGAAACCUGCUGCCAUGACGACAAAAAGCGGAGACAAUGGCCUGGCAGCAGCUGAAGGACCCCCCAGCCUUCAUUACCGGGGCCCAGGUCGUCCCAGAGGCCGAGGGAGAGGAAGAGGAAGGGGGAGAGGGAGAGGGAGAGGAAGAGGCAGGGGGCGCGGUCGAUCGCUUGGUCCUCCUCCCAAGGCGACAGUGGGUCUCGUUGGCAGACCUGGUCGUCGUGGACGACCUCCGAAGCUUGGUGUCAUUCCAGUGACCGCAAAGCAGCAGGCAGAGAGGAGAAAGCUCCGCCUGCAGGAGCUUGUGGAGCAGUGUGAAGAUGACGAACUGAUGGAUGUUGUUCUUCCUCGUUUGACCAGUAUGUUGAGCCUCUGGGAGCUGCUGCUAGCAAAGGUCGAGGUCAAAGGUUCAGCUUGUAGCUGUUUUCCAGACAUUUACCACGAGUUUGAGUCUCUGCAUGCCCAAGUUAGGCAGACUGCACAGGACUACAUCGUAAGUCCUCAAGGUGGAGCCAUGCCUGUGGAGGUCAGGAACAUUGAGGUGGCUAGGUCUCUAGGGAUUCUGGAUGAGGUGAACAAGAUGAAGGUGGUUCCUGGAGCGCCUCCUGUCUCUAGUGUGAACAAUAAGAACGUCCGGUACAUGGGGAACUCCAAGAUGUUGCCGCCAUCAAAACGAUUUAAGAUGGAAAACAGCAUUGCAGAUCACCACAACGGCACAGAGGCGCCGAGAACAGGUGCUGCUCCAGUAACCUCAGUCACUCCAGCAGUCUCUCUUCUGAAAUCCUGUUCGGUUUCUGUCUCCCCCCUGGAGAUUUCAGGUGGAUCCAAAGUGCUGACCACCUCUGUUGAACCUACCUCCAGCUCUUCUACCACCGCCUCUGCUGAACCAACUCCCAGCCUGGUUCCACCUCCUGCCAGCCUCAUGGAAGAGGAGCACAAGGAGGGGCCGGUACACCCGGACCAGAACGUGAAUGUUGCUGACACCACAGUACAGAUGACGCAACCGGACAGUGCUCUUAGUUCCAGCCCUAAGAGAACCACAGACACAAAGACUCCUGAGUCCAGCUCAACCCAGCCCACAGCUUCCACAGAGCUGCAGCAGGGGGACUCCUCCAAGCCUGAUCCUGGGACUAAAGUCCUGGAGGCAGGCCAGGAGAUCUACAUCCAGACUGAAGGGCUGACAGUCCAGCUGGCAGAGCCGGGGUCAGAUGGGAUUGUCAUUGUCAAUGGACCAGAUGGAACCACAAUGCACAUUCAGACCCCUGAAGGGGUUCCCCUGGAAGCAGUCCAGGCUCUGCUCGGCAUUGAGACUUCAGAUGGAGAAAGACCUUCUCAGCAGAAACAAGACUGAGCGAAACUGAAUCUGAACAACAUCACUAAUGAAGGGGCCGAAAAUGGUGGUGUGAGCGGGUGCUUUGGCUCAGCACCAACCAGCCCUAUGUACAGAUGGACGGGUCAAUCUUUUUAAAGACGAGUCCACAGAUGCCGGACUGUCUGUAGUUCAGAGAUCAGGGAGUUACUGUCAGAGGUGAAAACUGCAGUGCCUCCCUACAAGUUCAGCUGGAAAUACGCAGUAUUUGAUGGAUGGUCUCCCAAAGGAGGUCCAACCUGUUAAUUUCUAUCUAUGAAUGUCAGUUUCAGAACAACACAUGGGGAAGAAGUUCCAAAUCCCAUCCUAAUGUUUAUACUCCAUUUCAAGGUCUUCAUCUAUGCCUAAGAACUGUGUUCAAAGAGGCAAGAUGGAGCUGCAGAUCUUCAGCG